AAUCACGGGUGAAAACGCGAAGGAGAGGAAGAUAUUGAGAAUUUUUCACCAAAUAGUUGAAUUCUUACCUCCGUUCUGGAUGCAUCCAUCUCCGCCCUGGGUGCCAGCGUGCUGUGUUGUCAUCACCUCCUGUGAGAAGAAGUUGGCUUCACACUGACCAACGUCGUAAUUGCCGACUCGCGAGACGCCACCAUCUCGCACUGUAGCACCCUUGGAUGCUGUGUUGAAGAGAAAAAGCUGCCUGUGUUAGCCAUUCGUGAUUUGAUUUAUAGCACCAACGUACAUCCAAUUAGAGGCUCUCUCCACCACACAGAGGAAUCAAAAGCUAACGCGAGAGCUUCCGUUCCGAUCCCAUUGCCGUGCGCACUUACUCUCGCCGUGCCACUUGCCUGACCGCAAUCGUCUCCCUAUGCCAUCCAUAUCCUGACUGGGGCUCCUGAUUCACCCCCAACACUCAGGAGACCCCACCGCGUACAUCACCUCCCUCCACCGAGUGCUCGUGUGCGCCCUUGGCAGUGAAUUUUGUGUGAAUGAUGUGCAUCCGCAGCUUAAUUAAUUGCUCGCUUUAACACUAAUCCGCGGAAAAGUGGUGCGUAUAAAAUUUUAAUUUGAUGCACAUUAAGGAAGAAGAAAAAAACACAAGACGUGACCCGUGCAAAUGGUAAUUUAAAAGAACAAAUUGCAGUGAGUGUUCUUUUUCACGUUCCUCCGCGCAAAACAUCCAACAACUUGACCUGCCCGGGGCAAGUGGUUUCACCCCAACUGCAUUUUCAGUGUCCACCUCACUCUUAACCCCAAGACGCAUUCUCUUAUAUGUACAAUAAUUACUAUUCGGCGAAACAGCUUAAUGUGCGAAUAUUGCAGUUAUUCACGCAAUUUCCAAGGAAUAUCCCUUCACUCAGCUAUACUAUGUAUAGUUCAUCGUAGUUCCCCUUUUAUGUUGAGUUUAUACAAAGUGCAUGAGGGGGCUAUGAAAGAUACAUCCAAUGAGCUUAUCAAUUUUAUUCGACAGUAAUUAAAUGGUGCGUAAUUAAUUAAUUAAAGCAUUGCGCAUACUAAAUAUAUCAUUAAAAUUAAAUGUUAUCCAACAGGUAUAUACUCAAAAAUUAUUUAAUUGUCGAUCAUUGCUGUGCUUAAUCUGGUUAACCACAUUCAGAAGAGAUUCAAUAGCUGGGUGAACGUAACAUUUAAUACAUAACACAUACAUAAUAUUGUAUUUUAGAGAUGAUUCAUUUUAUUGACUUAAUUAACGUUAAUUAAUUUCAUUGAAUUGAUUUAAAUAAAUCAUAUUAAAGUUCAAUAAAUAUUUUGAAUUUACUAGAAUAUUACUUUUAAAUUUAAUAAAUUCUUCUUAAAUAAUUUUUUAAAUUCCUUUUUGCAAUUCUAUUCGCUCCGGAUUUAACCAAUUUCCGACGGAUCCUGGAAUUUGAUGAUUCCAAUUCGUUAGUUAUGUUAGAAUUUUUAUAUCAACUUUGAUGGUUCAAUUAAGAAACUUUAUAAAUAAUAUUGAUUUUUUGUGAAAAUCGUUAAGCUGAUAUUUUGGAAUUUAAUGGAAAAAAUUUUAUCAUAAAAUGAAAUUAAAAAAAAAUAUAUCUUGUCAAAUUUUGCAUGAAUUUUCGCUUAAAUAAAAAAAAAGAGUUAUUUAAGAGUUUUUAAAAUAAACUACAAGUUUAAAGAAAGCGAUUAAAAUUGAAAAGUAUCAAACUAGCUUUCAAUCCUAUGCUUUCAAUGAGGCAUUUUUCUUCUUUUUAUCAUCUUUAGAAUUAUAAUAAAAUUGAAAGAUUCAACAACACCCACCCUUAACUUUUCAUUGCCUUUUUAAUAUUCGAAAAAUAAAACAUGAAGUAAAACAUCGUUUCUCUAAUUAUUUAUUUGCAAAGCAAUACAUUAUGUGAAUAUUAAAUUAGUCAAAAAUUGUCUACUUCCUGUACUUUUAUCAUUUUUUGAUAAAUGAUCUUGUCUUAUAAAAUGUUGCACCAUUUAAUUAUUGCAAACCCCUCUGCAUGAUAAUUGUUUACGCGUAAUUUAUCACAAUUUAAUGGAAAAAUAAGAGUUAAAUGAAUUAAGAAAAAAACGACCAAAACUGACGAUUUUGCAAGACAUUUUUCAUGCCUUGAUCAACAGAGGGGUUGAGAAAAGGAGAUACUGUAGGAAAUGCAGAGCCAAUGCAAUUAAUCGGUGUAUAAAGUCCCCGCAUGGGAGUGAUACCAUCAGCGUAUAAUUUAAUUAUUUAUCGUCACUAAAGAGGUGGGAAAAGUCAUUAAAUAUCAAUUGGGGACCUUUUUGGCGAUAAAGGGGUGCCUGGCACGAAGAAGGAGUCAUGCUUAAGGAUCUCGUGUCGCCAGAGUCCGCCUCAGCGGAGAACACUUGUGCCGGCUGUGGAUUGUCCAUUAAGGACAGAUUCUACCUUUUGGCGGCAGAUCGUGCCUGGCAUGGACAAUGCCUCAGAUGCUGCCGAUGCUCUCAGCCCCUCGACACGGAGCUGAGCUGCUUUUGCCGCGGUGGUAACAUCUACUGCAAAGAAGACUACUGUCGGAUCUUCUCAACAACACGCUGUGCCAAAUGUGGCGAUGGCCUCAGCUCAUCCGAGCUGGUGAUGCGAGCCAGAGAGAUGGUCUUUCACGUAACUUGCUUCUCAUGCACACUCUGUGGUGCACCAUUGAGUGCUGGAGACACAGCCGCCAUUCGUGGUGGUCAAAUCUUCUGUGGCGAACACUAUGAUGCCGACAUUCUUCAACUUGAGAGACUUUUUUCACGCAGUGAACUCAAUCUUGCCCCAUCACCCCAAUUUUACUGCAGUAGUCCCCAAAAGGGUAGACCGAGAAAGAGGAAACCACCAGCAGUGCAACCACAAGAACCCACUUCGGAGAAUGAACAGCCUAAUCCACUGCGUCUAGAACUCAUUUCACCAGACAUCCAAGGUGGAUCGCUGGAUCUGAGCUACGACGGGAGCAGUCAUUCACCCGGCUCUGGUGGUUGCCUCACCCCGCAGACGAGAACGAAACGUAUGCGAACUUCCUUUAAACACCACCAAUUGCGAACAAUGAAAUCUUAUUUUGCAAUCAAUCAGAAUCCGGAUGCCAAAGACUUGAAGCAAUUGGCCCAGAAAACUGGACUCUCCAAACGAGUUUUGCAAGUUUGGUUCCAAAAUGCUCGCGCUAAAUGGCGCAGAAAUCUCAUGAGGCAGGAAGCACAGCCACAAAUUCAGGGAUCAGGAAAAGUCCCAUCAUUGGCGGGCCUCCAGAUUUCUGGCAAUAGUCAGGGUGGCAAUGGGGAUGGAAAUCCCACCACAGCACCCACCCACGCCCUCGAUGAGAUGCACCAAAUGACAUUUGCUGAACUCUACUAAAGCCAAAUGUCCUUUCAGGAUAAGCUAUAACUUUUACACAACAACACACCUUUGCAGAGAUUAUAUUAGGAAAUAUUUGUAGACCCAAUGAAUAUUAUAUAUAUUGUGAUCAAAAUAUAAUUUAUUAA